UUGGCCGCUUGCGUGGCCCGAACUCAAAACAUGGAUCCAAAUGAAAGUAGAGUGUGCUCGUGUAGCCUGGGUGCUUCUUCGAGUCUGAGUCUUGCUUGCGAGGACCAGGAAAUGGCAGGUGCAGCUACGAAGGUUUGCGUGACUGGUGCUGGAGGCUUUAUCGCGUCUUGGCUCGUUAAGCUUCUUCUUUCCAAGGGCUAUUUUGUUCACGGCACCGUCAGAGAACCUGGUCCGGGUAAUCAGAAGUACGAUCACUUGCUUAAAUUCGAGGGAGCUUCUGGGAACCUUAAGUUCUUCAAGGCUGACCUCUUAGAUUACGAGUCUCUUUCUUCGGCGAUUGCUGGAUGCAGAGCAGUUUUCCAUGUUGCUUGUCCUGUGCCCUCCACAAUUGUACCCAAUCCUGAGGUAGAAGUUAUUGAGCCUUCUGUGAAGGGCACUGCUAAUGUCCUCAAAGCUUGUCUUGAAGCAAAAGUGGAACGGGUUGUCUUUGUAUCCAGUCAAGGCGCUGUUUCCAGGAACCCCAACUUGCCCAAGGAUGGAGUAAUUGAUGAGUCCUGUUGGUCUGAUAAAGAUUGGUGCAGAAGAACUAAGAACUGGUAUUGUUAUUCCAAGACAGAGGCAGAGAUGCAGGCCUUGGAAUUUGCCAGAAACACAGGGCUUCCAGUGGUAACUAUUUGUCCUACCCUGGUGUUGGGGCCAAUUUUACAGUCAACCACUGUCAAUGCAAGUAGUUUGGUUCUCCUCAAACUAUGUAAAGGUCCUGAAUCACUGGAGAAUAAACAUCGGUGGAUAGUAGAUGUGCGUGAUGUAGCCGAUGCAACACUAAUGGCUUAUGAGAAGCCUGAAGCAGAAGGGAGAUACAUAUGCACUGCACAUUCUAUCAACACAGAUGAAUUGGUGGAGAAAUUAAGACGAUUAUAUCCUAACUAUAGCUACCCUAAAAGCUUUAUUGAAGUAGAUGAUCGCAUAAGGUUAAGCUCAGAGAAACUGCAGAGGUUGGAUUGGAGAUACAGGCCACUGGAAGAAACACUAGUUGAUUCUGUUGAGAGCUAUAAGGCCGAAGGGCUUCUGGAAUCAAAAUAACUUUGAUUCUCUCUGUAGCGGACGCACUUUGACUUCGGAACCAAUUUGGAUCCUUUGAAACUAGUUGUUAUUUAUAUUAUUAAUAUGUAUGGAACUAACAAAUUCUAAGCUAAAA